UUCUUGUAUCACAAUGAAGGCAAACGAAAGUAGGGUCCACAUAUUGCAGCUCAAUGAUUAUUGUCUGGAAACUAUUUUGAAAUACUUGGAAAUGGAAGAUCAUCUAAGUUUCGCAGAGACAUGUCAUUAUUUUCGUGAUGUCUUCAAUCGUUGGACAAGUAGUUUCAACUAUACACAUAUUGUGCUUAUGGCCGAGAUAUCUGUGCAUGACUUCAAACUGCUGUCGGUAGUUUAUAAAAAUGUAAAAACAUUAUGUGUUGAUGUCGAUGACCUGAUGCAUUCUUUGAAUAAACACUAUGGCAAUGAACGAAAAUAUUAUUUUAGGCAAUUCUGUAAACUAAUAAUUGGCAUGCAGCAACUGCAGAGUUUGAAGUUAUGGCAAUUCGAUUGCAAAAAACGACAAAACGCUCAGAAUAUAAUAAAAAUGGCAGGAAGUUUGCAUCAACUAAAACAAUUAGAAAUUUUCUCAUACAAAUGUGGAAAUAUGAGCAGAGUACUAAGACCUUUCAAGCAGUUGGAAACACUCACCUUGGACGUAAACUUGAGUUCUAAAGAAUUGCGGAGAUCGUGUCAUUCGAUGCCGCAUCUACGUCAACUCAGUUUAACAUCACGCGUGGAUAGUUCCAGUUUAAAGGAUGUUAUUAAGGAUAGUCCCCAAUUGGAGGAACUCAGCUUCUACCUUAAGCCCAAAGCAAAGACGCUCUAUUGUUUCCAAAAGCCAAAAGCUUGUUCUUCCGAAAUACUUCAGAGUUUAGCUUAUAGCCAUGUGAGCUUAGUAUCGCUGGAUAUUAGACACAUAAUAUCGGAUCUGAAUGAGGCUAAACUGUUGGCAACAAUUAGUUCGCUAAAGAUUCUCACCUGUCGCUUUUCGAAUGCCGAUUGUGUGCACUGGUUGAGACAACUCAGUUUGUUGGAAGAACUACGCAUUUCAUUGCUGGAAACUAUCAUUGAUAUGACAGAGAUAUACUUGGAUCUUAUCAGAACGUGCACACGUUUGAGAUUCUUGCGAAUAUUCGAUUUACAUAUAUGCGAAAAUUUUGCCAUUCAAGUGUCAAAAGUGCUAGAAGAAUGCGUGGACAGGCGUCCCUUGGAACUCAUUAUUUACGGAGAUCGUGACUCAACCAUUAUAAGAACAUCAAAAGUUAUAGAUAGUUCGCAUUUGAUAUAUAGCCGCAUGAAUGCACGAGAGCUAAUAAAAGUGUUUUAACACACACUUGUAAAGAUAGUACGCAAAGAAUGGCUUUCAGACCCAAAGAAAUGUUCGCCUCGUCGUUGACCUCAUUCCGAACAUCAAAAAACACCUUAAGGCAGAGCAAAAAAAUCUUCAAAGCUGGCAUCAUAAAAACCAAAACAGAUUUCGCAAAUGGCAACAACAUUUUCAAUUAUGCUAAACUUCGAACUGUUAAUUAAAGCUGUCAGAAACAAUUUGGUAAAAUGUUCACUGAAGAGCCCAAAAAACAAUUUAUAAUUAGAAAAUUGCGUAGGAAAAAACAAAAGCAUUAACAAAUGCAAAUUGUUUACCUGUUAAAUGAGCAAUGUAUGUGUCAAUACUAAUUAGAGAUGCGACACUUUAAUACCCUAAGUGAUAAAAUUAAAAGUUACAAGUAUUUUCAUAAGUUUAAGAAGAGUUUAUCAAAUACAUUAAAACUGACAUACCCAGUAGUAAAAAGUACGGGGUAUAAGCAAUUCAAGUGCAGAAAUUGCGAUUGCCUUUCACAACAAACAGACAAAUGAAAUGUCCACGCAACAAAAUAGCAACUGUCGGAGCCCGUCGGAAAUACAUCAAGUGUGGACCCUCAGAGUGUUCAAUGACGAAGAGACGAGAUGCGAUGCGAAGCGAAGCGAUGUGAUGAGAUGAGAUGAGUGGAUGAGCACGGUAGCCGGAUGGAGGAGGUAAAGAUGGCCAGGAAACGGCCAGGCGACAGUAUCCUCAAGGCAACCGAAAGCAUUGUCUGUCUCUUGUCUGUCUGUCCAACUGAAACGUUGACAACAACGGAAAUUAUUGUUUCUGUUCUCGUUCUCGUUUUCUACUUUCUCCCAUCGAUUCACUUGCUAGCCAAGAUUAGAACUGUUGCAGUGUAGCACCAAGUUUUUUGUCAGUCUUCACUCUUGGGUCCAAUUUCAAAACAUUUUCAGUUUUUUAAAGUUGUGAAAUAAUAAUUUCAAAGGUACAUUGUGUCAGCCACUAAGCACAGAGCUGCAAGUUUGUCCACGAGUGUGAAUAUAACUGAUAGCUCUUUAAUUAUACCCGCUACCCAAAGAUUAUAGGGUAUUAUAACUUUGUGUCUCCAGCAAAUGUAUGGCGGAAUGAGUCAUCUUCGAUCUCAUGAAGUAUAUUUAUUCUUGAUCA